GCUGCUGGGAGCAGGAAGUCGAUUUCGACCAUGAGACGCUAUGAACUAUUAUGAGCCUGUAGUAAAUAAGGUUAUUUAGUUUGAUUUAAAUCCAGUUCGUGUCAGUUGAAUUUGAGUACCUUAUGUCGUUUGUAUUGGAGAUGCAAGCGGCUGUUAUGUUUAAGACGUAGGCAAAGCGGGCGAGACUGGAACAAAACAGUAAGGUUAAUGGCUGAAGUAACGAGGACGUUCCGGUCCCCAGCUCGACACGGUUAUGCAGUAGAAGUGUCCCCGUAUUUUCCCAACAGGCUGGCCUGUGCCACGUCUCAGUAUUACGGAAUAGCAGGUUGUGGAACACUGCUGGUUCUGGAGCAGAAUGACAUUGGUAUUUCUCUCAUAAAGAGAGAGACGUCCCAGAGGUGUGGGGUGUAUAGCGUUGACUGGAGUUUAACCCGUGGUGAAACAUUCAUAGUUUCUGGUUCCUGGGACCACACUGCUAAAGUGUGGGACCCAGAAAUUGCCAAGUCAGUUGGCACAUUUCAAGGUCAUGAAAGUGUUAUUUAUAGCACAUCGUGGUCUCCACACAUUCCUGGCUGUUUUGCUUCAGCUUCUGGUGACAGUACUUUAAGAAUAUGGGACCUGAAAACAGGAGGGUCAAGACUGGUGAUCCCCGCCCAUCAGGCUGAGAUACUGAGCUGUGACUGGUGCAAAUAUGACCAGAACCUGAUUGUCACCGGCGCAGUUGACUGCAGUCUGCGGGUCUGGGACUUGCGUAAUGCGCGACAGCCACUGUCUGAGCUGACAGGUCAUACUUAUGCUGUAAGAAGAGUGAAGUUCUCCCCAUUUCAACUCACCAUGCUGGCAUCCUGUUCAUAUGACUUCACUGUGAGGUUCUGGGACUUUUCCAAGACAGAGUCUCUUCUGGAGACGGUGGAACAUCACACUGAGUUUGUAUGCGGGCUAGAUUUCAACUUGCACAUCCCCAAUCAGGUCGUAGACUGUGCCUGGGAUGAAACCAUAAAAAUAUACACACCUCCUUGUCUCUCUAACCUUCAUCAAAAUGGAUCUUAGGAGAAAAACAAUCAUCUUUCGUCCAGGAGGUGAAAAAGUCUACAGCACUGACUGCACUUGAUUUAUUAUUUGUGUUCUUUUAUCAAAGCUCCACAUCAGUCUUUAUUAUCGCACCGUGAAAUGCCUCGUGUGCAUGAGCACCGGAAAGCAGAUGGGGCUUGAAAUGCAGAAGAAUAUCUCUGUUUUGUGAUGUGCAUGAAGUUUGUAACUGUUACAGUAGAGAUGUGAUCAAGUGGACAAUGUUCUCCUGUUUCUAAACUGAAAUUAUGAAUGUUGACAGCAGUGUAUGCUUGAUUAACUACGCAGGACAAAGAGGUUAAAAGGUGGCUGUACAAUAUACUGUAAGAUGCCAUUUAUCAUAGGAGAAUGCUGGAAGAAACGCCCCUGGUUUUAUAUCUUGUACAGGAAGAAGAUGAAUGACAGCAAAUGUGAUAUAAAUUAAAAGAGUGGAGGAUUAUCCACCACUUUAUCAUGUGUUUUUUCUCUAGAAGGCAUGGGGAUGAAUCAAGCUGACUUCCCAUGUGGCAUUAGUUCUGAAUGUGCUGUAUAACUUCAGGUUCCCUGCACAUUAAAAACAACAUAGUCUGACACAGAUGAUUUAGACAUGAGUGGCAGCAGCCAGCUUGUGCCAUUCCUAACUACAGAAAAUAUCCAUCCUGGAGUUCUGUUGCAGUUCAUGUGUGCGCCACAUUAAAAUAACGCAGUGUAAGUCCAUUUGACAAUUAAUUAAAAAGUACAUUUUCUGCACUACACUGUGUUCCCAUUGCAGAAUUUCUGUAUUUCUAUUUAAAAUACAUUUGAAGUGUGGUAGUUGUAGUGUGGCAGUAAUUCAAAAGGUUUUGGCCAAGGAGUGUUAACCACUAUUUCCCGUUUUGCUCUUAUGAACAUUAUAGUGGACCUCUUCAGAAUUAACGGUGUAGCACAAAGACACCAGUGGAAACUAUGUGGAAAUGCAUUUUUAACUGAGAACAGGAGGCACUUCCUUACACAGAGUGUUGCUGGAGCAUGGAACAAGUCUACCCAGUUGUGCAAUUGAAGUCAAUACCCUGGCUUAUCUAAAGAAACUAAAACAACCGGAUGAGAUUGUCUUAUUGAUUACUAACCCGAAAAAGCUAGAUAGCCUUUUCUCACUUGUACCCAUUCUCAUGUUCUUCUUAAGUUAUAAAAAUAAAAGAUUCAUUGUUU